CCAUAAUGAAGUCAAUAAAGUCCCUUAACAAAUUCCCAAUUGAUUUCUUCUACAAACCCGAUUCACCUCCAGGCCAAAGGGGCUACUCCCAUGGCUUAAGCGUUGAUGGAGUCCUAUGUAAGAUCAAAAGAAGAAGAAAAGGCGACACCUUCAGUAAAUACUCGUACAUAGACCAAUACAGAGGCAAAAAUCUUGAUAGAGAUUAUAAGAACCUACGAAGCUCAAAGAGUUCAAGAGGGAACUACAAUUCAUCUCCAGAGAAAAAGAAAUUACUUUGCAAAAGUCAAGAAGAAGUUCCUGUAAACACUAACAAGAGCUAUGUGAGAUACACUCAUUCAAGCAGAGCCUACAAACCACCAGGAUUUGGGAAUGACAAAAAGCCUCCACCUUUAUUUUUGUCUGUUAGUAAAAACAAUUAUCCUGUGCUUGGAUUUGCGCCCAGAGGUUACAGGAAUGCUAGCAUGAGCGAUGAAGGUAGCCAAGGGAAUCUGAGCAACCGUUCUACUAAUCAUAUAAUUCAAAACAAAUUGAUCAAAUCAGUCAAUCCUUAUUGAAGAGAAAAGAAUGAUACGUUUAAUAACGAAUCAUCUAUUACAACUUUUGAACAGUCUCUUGAACCGUAUAAUGCUAAUUUUUAUACAUCAAAGUCAUGAAAUGCGAUGAAAAUCCAUCUGAAAUCUCCUAGUAUAGAUAGUAGGCGCUGAGACACCAGUAACAACCAAAACCUCUACCAAAAGAUUCAUGUACAAGGAAGGAACAGACCUCUAAACAAAAGACAAGGGCCAAAAACUCUCGAAAUUCCUGGCUUCAGUAAGAAGAAGAGGAAGAAAAAUGCUGUGUAUCAAGCAGACUCGUUAAAUUUUAAGAAGAAUAUCUGGAAUUCCAAAAAUUAUUUACAACAUUGUAAAGUUACUAAGACUAUUUUGGGAACUGACAGCUUGAAAUGCAACCCCUCUGAGAUGGAAGAGAUGCUCAAUUCCACUGCUGAGUUUUAUAAACCAUCGAGUAAGGAAUCAUCCAGAAGAGAGUCUAAGACUAAUUUCAACAAUUUUAAGAAAAAUCAAGUAAAAGUGGUAUCUCGAGUCAAGAGUGAGAACAAGGAUUUUUGGAUCAGUAAGCCCAGAAUCUCAACAAAAGGAGCAUUCAACCCUUAUGGGAAGAAGUAUGGGAUUAUUUCAACCCUCAAGAAGCAAAAGAUUCGACUAUUUAAUCCUCAAAUUGGGAGCCAGGACAAAGUAUGACCCCCUCAAAGAGGAAAAAUCUGGGAAAGAUUGAGACUGAAGACCAAUGAAAGCUCAACUAGAGCCUAA